AUGAAAGAGAAAUUGACAAUGGCAUCGAUGGAACCAGUGGAUCUUGAUAACACAACGCCAGCCAAUGAGGCUGCUUCGGCCGAGGAUUUGGCCAAUGCCCCAGAAAAGACGCAGGACCCGGAACAAACAGACAAGCAAUCUGGAAAGGACACCUUAAGCGCCGAUGAAGGCGAGAAGUCCAAGACAGACGAGAAGGCCAAGACAGACGAGAAGGCCAAGACAGACGAGAAGUCAAAGACAGAAAACGAAGCUAAGGCGGACGAAAAGGCCAAGGCGGAAAAGGCCGAGGCUGAAGCUGCCGAGUCCAAGCCUGAAGAAGCGGAAGAGGACGCCCCUCCGCCGCCCAUGCGCCCGCUCUCGCCGCUCUCGCAGAUCAAAAAGGACUUGAAGGACGCCUUCCCAAGCAGCGAAGACCGCAUCAUCGAGGCAGUUUUGAUUGCGUCCGAGGGCCGUGUGGACCCGGCAUUCAACGCCUUGUUGUACUUGCUGGACCCUUCGUUCAAGCCCGAGCCAAUUGCGCCUGUGCCAGUGCCUGCGCCUGCGCCACGCCCUCUGACGUUGACCGACGAUGAAAAGCUCGCCCGGAAAUUGCAGAAGGAGUUCGAGAAGGAGGACCGCCGCCGGUCGCGGAAGCAGCGCCCUCCGCAGCCUCAGAACCAGGACGAGUCGCUGGACGAGUUCGAGCUGCUCAAGGAAACGUUCACCCAGGGCUACGAGGAGGCGAAAACCACCAUCAACAGCUGGGUUUCCGGUCUUUCCCGCAAGAUUGCCGGAGAAGAGGAGCAGCCAAAGAAGCCACGGACACCUCGGCAAAAACCAAAGCUUUUCGGUGCGUUGGGCGGCUCCUCCUUCAACAGCAACCUGCCUAAUCAUAAUUUCGACGAGGACCCCGAGAUUUUGGCGUCGGACUUCCACAACAAGGCUACCAUGGACGAAAACCCACCGCAGUUGCCCACACGCGACCGCAAUCAGCGGUGGGUCCCGCUCAACUCCGAUGUUCCGGUCAACCAGGAUGCUUUUUUGGUGACAGACCUGGAGGACGAGGAUAAGGACAAAAAGUAA